AUAAGAUUGUGCUUCGAAAAUUAUUUUUAUUCUAUUACAGUUAAUGUCAUUAGAAGCUUCUUUUUAAAUGCAUUAAUAUAAUUACAAAGACGGAUUUCCAGUUCCGUUUCAUAAAACCGUUUAUAAUAAUAAUAAUCACUGUGUUGAAAAUGAUACCAGCGUAUGUGUUUUUUUAAGGACGCUGGAAAUUUUGUAUAGCUGAUAUGUAAACGAACCAAAUACCUAGUUAUCGUCACAGCUUUGGCUAACACAGUUCCGCUUCCUGUCAUCUAAAACCACACUUUAUAUAGAUGACAUACACACGAGCGACAGGUUCCAGUUAUCGUCACAGCUAUGUUAAUCACAGUUAGGCUUCCUGUCAUCUAAAACCACACUUUAUAUAGAUGACAUACACACGAGCGACAGGUUCCAGUUAUCGUCACAGCUAUGUUAAUCACAGUUAGGCUUCCUGUCAUCUAAAACCACACUUUAUAUAGAUGACAUACAUACGAGCCACAGGUUCCAGUUAUCGUCACAGCUAUAUUAAUCACAGUUAGGCUAUCACAGUCAUCUAAAAUCACACUUCGUAUAGGUUACAAACACGUUAUGUAAUACUCUUGUUAAUCCUCAGCACCAAAAAUAAAAAUAAAAAAGUAUUUGGAUACAAAAAACUUGUUUUUAGUGACUUUAGUAACAGCUUUCGUAACCCUACUCUAGUCAGCAGUGUUUUAUAGUUUUGUACAUUACUUUCUUACUACAGUUUUUCGAGUCAGGUGUAAAGCUGUGGAGACACAGUAACCCCGACCUCUUCGUAGAGCAGACCUGACCUUGAUUUGGAACCUAUACAGGGGAGGGAAGGGGGACACCAAUGGCGUCAGACCAUUUGGUGGUAUGUGAGGAACACUAUAAAAGCUAGAAAGCACACGGAAGGACGUUUAGUAAGGGCGAUUCAGCACUGUAUACGAGAACAUAGUGAUAACAUGGACCUUAGAGUAGAGUUCCUGCUUCUAUUGACGUUUUCUAUUUGUUCCUACUCGGCCGAGCAGCCCGGUGAGGGAGGGGAGGAGCCUGAAACCACGCGGAAGGCAAGGCAGUUCGUAGUGGGAAGUUAUCCCACUGCUUACUUGCAGUACUACAGUCAACAGCCUGCUUCUUCGAAUACGGUUUAUAACUAUUACAAAAGGCCUUCCCUGACCGAACGUUUCAAGACUUUUAUGUCAAAGUUGUUUGGUCGUCGAUCUUAUGUUCAGCAGCCAUACGUCACCCCCCAGAUACAAUAUUACUAUAAACCUUAUACGACAGGAAACCAGCUUAAUAUUCCAAUCCCACAGGACCAAAACCACUACAACCUCAUUAACCCCCAAUUAAGUAACAGUUUGUAUUCACCACAAGUUGGAGAGUAUGAGUCAGUUGCAGUGAAUGGGAACAGCCAAAGUUAUGAAUUGAAUUCUUUAAAUCAACCAGGAAUUAGUGAUUCAGAGUUUAAUCAGUUGAACUCUGGCACGUACGUUGAUUUCGAACAACCACCUAGAAAAAGUUCAGUGUCAGAACCAAUAAGGUUUCCAAGCAAUUCCCAAUACUACAGAGCUAGGACUUAUCCAGUCCAAGACUCGUAUUCUUCAGGAUCUGAGGACGUGUCAAGUUCACAAUCCCAUAGAACUGGGAUUUAUCCAGUCCAAGACUCCUAUUCUUCAGGCUCUGAGGACGUCUCAAGUUCACAAUCCCAUAGAACUGGGAUUUAUCCAGUCCAAGACUCGUAUUCUUCAGGAUCUGAGGACGUCUCAAGUUCACAAUCCCAUAGAGCUGGGACUUAUCCAGUCCAAGACUCGUAUUCUUCAGACUCUGAUGAUGUCCCAAGUUCACAAUCCCAUAAUGCUUACGUUAGCACUUAUAAAUCUAGUUCAUUGGACUUCAGUCCAGUUGCAGUACCUUCUAUUGCCAACCAUAGUCCAGUCUACAAGAAUCCAGGCGUUUCAGGACUGGAGAAGAAAAGUUACACUGGAAAUCCCGUGUAUGAGAACUGAGAAUAUAAUCUUCUAUCUUGUCUCUUUUUAAUUGGAGGAUCUGAUUUGAAAUUCAAAUAAAAAAGUUUAGAUAUAAGCUAUUAUAGAACUAUAAAAUAUCCUUUUGAAGAGAGUCUGUAACCUUCUUGAAAAAUUUAACAAGAAACACUUGUCUUUAAACGUUCCUAAAGUACGAUUAACUUUCGUCUGCAGACUUGUAGUUAGUUAUGUUGUUUUUAGUAUUUCGCUGUUAGUUUUCGUCUGUAGUCUUGUCUUGUCGUUAGUUAUGUUGUCUUUAGUAUUCUAGGGUUAGUUUUCACCUGCAGGUCUGUCGAUAGCUAUGCUGUCUUUAGUAUUCUAGGGUUAGUUUUCACCCCUACCCUGUCGUUAGCUCAAGGCCGUUUUUACGCAUAAAUCGGUAUCAGCAACAACGAAAUACGAUCAAGAAUAUAAUAUAAACGUAUAUACAGAGUGUUAUGUGCUAGGGAAAACUUAGUCCGACGUGCGUGUUAAGACUAAGAACAUCACACUAUCUGGUGAAGAAGAACCUCUGUGACGUGUCUGUAGUUUUAUUUCCUUCUUAUCAGCGGUGGGGUCAUGAGAUCGCCCCAUGGAACGUUUAAAACUUUACAAUAAUUUUAAUAUUAUAAGAAUAAGAUAUCUUCAAGUACGAAUUCCGUAAGACGACUAAACACUAGCUAGAAGUAGAAACACUCAAGAUAUCUUAAAGUUUGAGUCUAUAAUUCAGAUAUCAAUACGUUCUAUUAUUUGUGUAAUGUUUAACGCCAGUCUUCGUGUCUGUAGUAUAGUGAUUAGCGCCAGUCUUCGUGUCUAUGGUAUGGUGUUUAGUACUAGUCUUGGUGUCUAUAAUAUAAUGUUUAGUGCCAGUCUUCAUAUUUAUUGACUUACAUUAGGAUUCGUUUCAAUAUUUUUACUGUUUUAUUUAUACAAAAGAAUAAUGGCUUUUGGUCGAUAAUUUUUAAUAUAAUUUAUUGUUGUUUAUUGUUUGCAGAGCUUAGAACCAAAGUAACGUCAACAAUAACAAUGUAUUCGUAUAUUUCGAAAUGACUUGUUUUGUUUUUCUUUAAAUAUUCACAAGCCGUUCAAAGGUUAUUAAUUAUAUGUGUUUUGGGCGUCUUUAGAAAGCUGCAUUUUAUUAAUAUUAUAGUUAAUUUUGGUCUUAUUAAUUUAAAUUAAUACAUUUGUUUUUCUUAAUAAAUAUUACUGUAGGUAAUUGUCUAUGCAGCAAUAUGAAUAAAUAGGUUUGUACGUCAUGUUUGUUAUCAGUCCAUGUUAUUAUAAUGGUAGAUAAAUCUACUGAGAACAGAUGUGUUUGUCUCCACAACCUGCCUUAUAGCGUCAAUUAAAGGAGUUACUAAAUGAUAUGGAUGUAUGAUACUGCUAGCUCCAGAAUAAAGCUAUCCUCUGACGUGUAUUUACUUUGUAAAGUAAACGAAAAACUGUCACUCACAUCUGUCACCUGAACCGGAUGUGACGAAAUAGGUUUAUUGAUAAUAUGUAACACUUCUCUGAACAUUUACGAUUAAGAUUACUUU